GGGAGAACAACCGGAGAGGACAUUUUUAAUGUCGUUAACGCAUUUUUCUCUGAAAAUGGUAUCUGCUGGAAAUCCUGCACCAGCGUCUGUACAGAUGCGGCUGCAUCAAUGACGGGCAGUGCGAAAGGGCUCAUUGCGCGGAUUAAAAAGGAAAAUCCCGACAUUAAGUGGACUCACUGUGUGAUUCACAGGGAAGUGUUAGCGUCCAAGAAAAUGAGCCCCGUGUUGCAUGAUGUUUUGAACGACAGCAUCAAAGUGAUCAACUUCAUCAAGUCAAGGCCACUUAAUGCACGUUUGUUCCGCCGCCUCUGUGAAAACAUGGGAGCUGAACACACGCAACUCCUCCUGCAUACAGAAGUGCGCUGGCUCUCUCGAGGGAAGAUACUCAACAGGCUGUUGGAGUUACGAGCUGAAGGCAAGGACACCAGCAUCCUGAACCUGUAUGACAAGGUGGGUGGUUUCCUGAAGAAAACAGAGCUGUGGAAAAGGGCAUGUGGUCAGGAGGAUUUCACCUGCUUUCCUCAGAUGGAUGCUUUUCUCUCCAAUGAAGAUGUGGAGACAGCUCCAGUGAAGUUAGUCAUAGUGGGACAUUUGACUAACUUGAUAAAGGGCUUUCAUUGCUACUUUGCUGACAUGGAGGAGAAAUCUGCACAGCUGGAUUGGGUGAGAAACCCAUUUCUCUUGUCUGAAGCAAAGAGAAGCAAGCUUCCUGUCACUCACCAGGAAAAACUGAUGGAAGUGGCAUCUGACCGUGGCCUGCAGAUGAAGUUUGGCGCAUCCACUCUCACACAGUUUUGGGUGUGUGUGAGGCAGGAGCACCCUGAGCUGGGACAGAAAGCUUUGGAGCAGCUGCUGCCCUUUGCCUCCACAUAUUUAUGUGAGACCUCCUUCUCUGCAAUGACUGUGAUCAAAACAAAGCAAAGAAACAGACUGAGCCUGGAGAAGAACUUGACCACAGCAGUUGGCUCCCUGCCACCAAGGAUGACAAAGUGAGGUACAAGCCCAUGUUUCUCACUAAAAUGUAGUAUGAGUGCAAAAGACUCAUUCAAGCUUCAAGACUGUUCAAUGCUUGUUCAAUGCUUGUCAAAUCAAAAUCAAAUGUUCAAUGCAACAAUUCAAUUUUA